AUGAAUCCAUCAGGGCAGCGACAGUCAAGUAUUUGGUCCUCAAGCUCGAGCGCCAAACAAAUAUAUGCUCUUGGAGAAGUAGAAAAGGACAUUGCUCGACUGCUUCACAUUGCAGCAACUGCAUUAUCUCUUCUUACUGUACCACAGGCAGAUCCCGUCGAUAACUCUAAUGGCGAACAGCUUCCCGAUGAAGCAACCAAGUAUUACGAGACACUCGAGUCAGUACAAAAGGGCCUAAGAAAAGCAAUAGUCAAUUUGCGUGAAGCCCGUAUAUCUUCUGCAGCCAUCGCUCCCAGUAGUGUUCAGGCUACCUUGCUGGCUCCUGGGGUCAACACCGAGGGUUUACCUGGAGGUGAAAAUCUACACUAUGCUCUCCAAGAAAGUCUUGUAGAAAGCGAAGCUUGGGCUGCCUUGGCGCAGACUAUUGAAGCUCUUCAGACCCAAACAUUGUAA